AUGCGUAUCCCCCCGGUCGACAACAAAGAUGAAGACUUGUCGACCAUAGCUCCACAGAAUACGUGGGAUUCCACCGAAAAGACACCACAGACUCCAGUUGCAGAUGUAGCAGGACACAGUACACAGCAAGCGCCUGCCCAGCAGCUUGGCUUUGUACCUCCCAAUGGAGGUUUCGAAGCGUGGUUGCUGGUCUUUGCGGGCUUCUUGGUCUUUGCCAAUGUCUGGGGCAUCGUCAGCACAUUUGGCGCAUUUGAAGCAUUCUUCAUCAGAGACCUCCUGGCCAACGAGUCGGCGUCGGCAAUAUCAUGGAUCGGCAGCGUCCAGGCUUUCCUGGUCGUCUUCACGGGCGUCUUUGGUGGUCCUCUGUUCGAUCGCGGCUAUCUCAGAUCGCUUGUCUUCUCCGGUUGUUUCCUCACUGUGUUCGGCAUGAUGAUGACCAGCUUGGCCAAGUCCUACUACCAAGUCUUUCUGGCGCAGGGUAUUUGUGUCGGCUUGGGAGCUGGGCUGUCCUAUGUCCCAACCCUGGCGCUCAUUUCGACUUACUUUACAACCAAACGCCCCAUCGCGAUUGGGAUUGCGGCGGUCGGCUCGAGCGUGGGCGGCGUUAUCUUCCCCAUCAUGUUUCGCAGGUUGCAACCACAGAUUGGCUACGGCUGGACCGUCCGCUGCAUUGGCUUCAUCAACCUAGCUUUCGCGGUGUUCAUCUGCCUCAUUCUCGGCCGACACAGGAAAGAAGGAGGGGGCCAAGCACGAUCUCUCUGGGACCUGACAGCCCUCCGGGAGCCGGUCUUCCUGUUGUGGACCGCCUCAUUGUUCUUCCUCUUCUUGGCAUACUACAUUCCUCUUUUCUUCAUCGUCUCCUGGGCACGCUGGGUAUUGCAUACAUCCGAAGACAUGGCAUUCUACAUGCUCGCCAUAUUGAACGGUGGCUCGUUCCUCGGCCGUACAUUUCCAUAUCUUCUGGGUCGGCGGGUGAAGCCAAUCUACACUCUCAUCUUCGCCGCCGUCCUCGGCACCGUACUGAUAUUCUGCUGGAUCGCCAUCCACAGCUCGGCGGCAUUUAUUGUUUGGUGUGUCCUCUGGGGAUUCGUCGCAGGGGUCUUGGUCACGGCUCCAACCUCCACAAUGCCGCAUCCUGUGAUAUCACCGAACAUGGGGGUGAUUGGCACCAGGAUGGGGAUGAGCUGGAGUGCCGCCGCCGUCGGAUCUAUCAUCGGAUCGCCGAUUGCUGGAGCCCUUGCAAACGUCGCUUCCGGAGACUUUCUUCAUGCACAAGUGUUUGUCGGUGCUGUCAUGGCCGCCGGUGCUAUUUGUUUGAUUCCGGCAUUGAUUGCAAUUGAGAGGCAUGACCGCAAAGCCAAAAUUUGA